AAGAGUACGUGCUGUCUCCGAUAUAAAGUAGGACUAGCACAGGCAGAUUGCCGCUCAGAUCAAUCAUUCUCAAGGAGGGAACCAAAACUGACAGCGCCGUGUUAGGUGUGGUGGGGUUCGCCUUUUUUCCCCUUAAAGGCAACCGGAAAGAUCCGUUUGACAUUCUCGCAGCGGGGGAACCUGACAAUCCACACGGGUUAGUUGGACUUAUUUUGCCCCAAAAGUGCUUUAAAUCGGUAAGUGGGCGAGCAUGGGUGAGACAAAGGGCUUUACCCAUUGAGAGUUGUUCUGGGGCACCGCAUAGCUCACGAGAGUGUUGGAAAGGAGCCACCGCGCGCUGGACUAUAUCUUGUUUCGCAUUUCCAGCAACAAAUAUGAUGGGUUCUAUUGUUUAUUUACCCACUGUUUGGACAUCAAGAGAACUGCAAAAGAGUUAUAGGUGACAAACGAAGAAAUUCUAUUUGAAUUAUAUUUGGACGAAACAGUGAUAACGCGCACGAGCCUUGCACGAGUGUGUAUGUAAGAGGCACUAUACCACACAGGAGAACGCGCGAAACUGUGCGAUAUAAACAGAGGAAUUUGCUAGUCACUUUUAUAUUUUUGUGAAACGUAUUCUUCUCGUGUUCGUCAAUUUUCAACUGUAAAUAUACUGUGUGGAAUACAGCUACUCUUUUGAUGGGGCAGUCGCAUUAAUGGGAUUAUUUUUCUCUGGACAGCAGUUAAUUGAUUUACAAAUCACUUGACAUUCAUAGUCUUAUCGAUUCUCGUCGAUAAGUGAAAGAAUGCCCGAAGAACUCUCCGCGGCCAAAGCCCUCUACAUGGGCAUGGAGGUGGUGAUCGCCGUAUCAUCGGUCAUAGGAAACGUGAUGGUGGUCUGGGCAGUCAAAAUUAACAGAUCUUUGAGAGAUACGACGUUUUGUUUAAUUGUUUCUUUGGCGAUCGCGGACAUCGCAGUAGGAGCGCUGGUCAUACCCUUGGCGAUUACUAUAAGUAUUGGACUUCAGACUCACUUCUACAGCUGCCUGCUGGUAGCUUGCAGUGUGCUGGUUUUGACCCAGAGUUCUAUCCUUGCCUUGCUCGCUAUAGCCAUUGACCGAUACCUUAGGGUCAAGAUCCCAACCAGUUAUAAGCGCUUAGUCACUCCAAGACGAGCUGGAAUAGCAGUAUUUGUGUGUUGGACGGUGGCCUUCAUUAUUGGCUUGACUCCCAUGCUGGGCUGGAAUAAUUUAAAUAACCUGCAACAUAAAAACAGUUCACUAGGUCCCAACCUCAUCAUCACCUGCCAAUUCGAGAACGUCAUCAGCAUGGAGUAUAUGGUCUACUUCAACUUCUUUGGUUGGGUGCUGCCCCCUCUGCUUCUCAUGGUCAUCAUUUACUCUGAGAUCUUCUACAUGAUCCACAAGCAGUUGAAUAAGAAGGUGAUGUGCCACACUGAACCAAACAAGUAUUAUGACAAAGAACUAAACCUGGCAAAGUCUCUGGCACUAGUCCUUUUCCUUUUCGCUGUCAGCUGGCUUCCUCUUCACAUCCUAAACUGCACCACACUCUUCUGUCCAGGUUGUGAAAAGCCCAUGUUCCUCAUUUACAUUGCCAUUCUGCUCACACAUGGCAACUCCGCAGUCAACCCCAUUGUUUAUGCUUUCCGCAUCAAGAAAUUUCGGACUGCAUUCCAGAGGAUCUGGAAGCAGUACUUCUGCUGCAAGAAAGCUCCUCCCCAUGAGAAUCAUGCAAGCGAGAGACUGGAUAACAACCACUACAUUGCGGCUUCUGCUCUUCCAGAAGCUCCUUUUGAACAGAACGUUUGACUGACGUUUCAGCACUCUCUGAGGAGGUCAAAUGGAUUCUAUGGGCUUGAUGUCCAAUGCUGUCAAGUUUUGUUUUGUUUACACUGAAUAUAAACCACAGACUGUUGUGGUUGAAAAGUGUAUCUUUACUGGAAUUAUGAGACAGCAUUGCUAGGGACCAGAUAAGUGAGUCUACUCAUUUUAAAGAGAAAGUGUAGGAGGAUACCAGCAGGAAAUAUUGCUUUGUGAAGCAGCCAUGAAGAACAUUUCAAAUGUUUACUAGAAGACUCUUGUGACUUUAGUUUUAAGAUUUCAGUCAAUAUAUUGCUUAAGUUGACAAAAAGUAUUAUACAAAUUAUAAAAAUGUUGUGAAAUAUUAAAGAUAAAAAAUCUUUGCUCAAAUGAGGAAUCCAAAUUGAAAAAAAUGUGCAGUAUUGCCUAUUAUAGAAACCAUUAUUAUUAAUAUGGUUACUAUGGAAACGUUUGAUCAGCAGUAAAGGAUUGUAAUUGAAUGUAUGCAGUACAGACAUCAAGGUGCAGUAUACUCUCAGGUUUUUGGUAGUAUUCUGAAGCUUUAUGCACAAUUACAGGAAAAGGAUGUCAUAAACAGUGACAAAAAUUAGGAGGUACCAUAGUGAACAAAAGCAUUCCUUGACCUUUCAUUGAGUUUCUCUCUUUCUCUUGAGUGUGUCUACACAGAUCUGUUACUGUGUUUGAGUGGGGUUAGUGAUGUUCUCUUGCCUUUAAGCAAAACUAAAAGAAAAUCAAAACUGAGUGAGUAUCUUUCAGUAUUAUAAAUUAUGUGAUUUAUCUUAAAGGGAUAUUUAACCCAAAAAUUUUAAUUGUGUUAUCAUUUACUCACCCUAGUUCAAAACCUGACAUUCUUUCCCCAUGGAACACAAAAGGAGAUGUUUAGCAGAAUGUUUAACUGUUCUUUUCUAUACAGUGAAAGCAUACAAGGCCAGGGACUAUCGAGAUCUUAUGGUUAGGAACGGCAUGAGGGUGAGCUAAUAAUGACAAAGUGUUAAUUUUGGAUAGUCCAAAGUCCUUUAAAGGAAUAGUUUACCCAAAAAUGUAAUUUCAGAUGUGUAUGACUUACUUCUGCUGAACACAAAUUACAUUUUUAGCUCUGUAUGUCCAACAAUGCAAGGGAAUGGUGGGUCAAAAUGUUGAAGCUCCAAAGAGGCAGCAUAAAUGUAAUCCAGAAGACUCCAGUGGUUAAAUCCAUGUCUUUUGUAGCUUUUGUGUGCUA